AUGUUAAAAAUAAAUAAAUUAAUUUCAAAUAAUAUUUGUAGAUUUAAAAACAAUAAUAGUAACAAUGGAUUGGUAGGAGGUUUAAAUAGAUUCUAUUCAAAAUCGUCUGAUUCAGACAACUAUCACAUGACACCAGAGGAUCUGAUUGUAAAUCAAGUCAAGAAUAGUGCCUCUCCAAUGGUCAAAGUCUGUGGAUCCGAUGUCGAUGGUAUUCUACGUGGAAAGUACCUCCAGAAGGAGAAGUUCACCUCUUCCGUAAAAAAAGGUUUCGGAUUCUGCAGUGUCAUUUUUGGCUGGGACUCGAAUGAUGUCACCUACGACAAUGUUAAAUUCACUGGAAACCACACUGGUUAUCCUGACAUCACUGCCAAAGUAGAUUUGUCUUCCUAUCGUCAAGUCCCAUGGGAGAACAACAUUCCAUUCUUUUUAAUCGACUUUUACAAGAACAGCGGAGAGCCUCUCCCCAUAUGUCCAAGAAACUUGCUCAAAAAGGUAAUUGCCGAUUGUCGUGCUGAACAGCUUGAGCCAAUGAUGGGUAUGGAAUUCGAGUGGUACAACUAUGCAGAGACCAACAAGAGCAUCCAACAAAAGAACUUCACCAAGCCAACCCCGCUGACACCAGGAAUGUUUGGAUACAGUAUGAUUCGUAUCUCUGAGAACUCUCGUUACAUGGAGGAUCUGGCCAAUUUGAAGCACUACGGUAUUCCAUUGGAGGGUCUCCACACAGAGACUGGACCAGGUGUCUAUGAAGUGGCCAUCCAGUUCUCCGAGGCAUUGGAAGCAGCUGACCGUGCCAUUCUCUUCAAGUUGUCGGCGAAGGAAAUCGCAGCCAAACUCGGAAUCAUGGCAAGUUUCAUGGCGAAACCAUCGGUUGAUUUGCCAGGUUGCAGUGGACAUAUGCAUCAAAACUUUGCGACUCUCGACAAAUCAGUGAAUCUCUUUAUCGAUAAGGACAAUCCCGAUGAGAUGAGUCCAAUGUUUAAGAGCUUCAUUGCCGGUCAGUUGGAGUUGCUACCAGAGUUCUUGCCAUUCUUUGCACCGACAAUCAACAGCUACAAGCGUCUGGUCGAUGGAUACUGGGCACCAACCACCCCAACCUGGUCCUAUGACAAUCGUACCGUCGCCAUUAGAGUUAUCAAGGGCGGAAAGGCAAUGCGUUCAGAGUUCAGAGUGACCGGAUCCGAUGUCAAUCCAUACAUUGCUAUUGCAGCAUCGUUCGCAGCAGGUCUCUACGGUGUCAAGAACAAGUUGGAACUCAAGUCAAAGCCAGUCAUAGGAAACAGUUACGAUCUCUACAAACAAGGAUUGGUCACUCGUCUACCAAGAACCCUAAGUGAAUCGACCGAACUCCUUGCCAAAUCAAAGAUUGCCAAGGAGAUAUUAGGUGAGGAAUUCGUAGAUCACUUUGUAAAUACUAGACGUUGGGAAUACCGUCAAUUCAAUCAUCAAGUUCACCGUUGGGAACAUGAAAGAUAUUUUGAAAUCAUAUAA